GAGAGAAAUAUUUGUAUUUUUGUGUUGAAGGGUAGUUUGGAGAUUUUGUUAGGGGAUAUUUAUAUCUUACAAGAUAUCAUUAAAAGGGUGAAUGCAAUAGAAAGUUUGAGUGAACACAUUUAUAAUUUCCCUUUAAGAAAUUAACAAAUUUCACCCCGAUAUAUUAGAUGAGACGGGGCAAUUACUAUUUGCAAAAGGCGGAAGUCGGUGUCUGAUCGAUGACGAUUCUAUCCGACUGAUCUGUUUUCCGGCAAGAUUCCUCGUUCGCCGGCGAAUCUGUCUGCGUCGCUGACUGGUAGCAGAAAAGAUGCCUUCUCAAGCGGAUCUGGACCGUCAGAUCGAGCACCUGAUGGACUGCAAGCCUUUACCGGAGGCGGAGGUGAGAGCGCUGUGUGAGCAGGCGAGGGCGGUUCUCGUGGAGGAGUGGAAUGUGCAGUCGGUGAAGUGUCCGGUAACAGUGUGCGGCGACAUCCAUGGGCAGUUUCACGAUCUCGUCGAGCUGUUUCGGAUUGGUGGAAAGUCUCCUGAUACUAAUUAUCUAUUCAUGGGUGACUACGUAGAUCGUGGAUACUAUUCUGUGGAGACUGUCACACUUCUAGUGGCCUUGAAGGUUCGCUAUAGAGAUAGAAUUACAAUUCUAAGAGGAAAUCAUGAGAGUCGGCAAAUAACUCAAGUAUAUGGAUUUUAUGAUGAAUGCUUAAGAAAAUAUGGAAAUGCAAAUGUCUGGAAACAUUUUACUGAUCUCUUUGAUUACCUACCCCUCACAGCGCUUAUUGAGAGUCAGAUCUUCUGUUUGCAUGGUGGACUUUCCCCCUCCCUUGAUACAUUGGACAACAUCCGUGCCUUGGACCGUAUACAGGAGGUUCCUCAUGAGGGACCAAUGUGUGAUCUCCUUUGGUCUGACCCAGAUGAUCGUUGUGGAUGGGGAAUCUCUCCUCGGGGUGCUGGCUACACCUUUGGGCAGGAUAUUGCUGCCCAGUUUAACCACACCAAUGGGCUUAGUCUUGUGGCUAGAGCUCACCAACUUGUCAUGGAAGGUUACAAUUGGUGUCAGGAAAAAAAUGUGGUGACAGUAUUCAGUGCCCCUAACUAUUGUUAUCGGUGUGGAAAUUUGGCUGCAAUACUUGAGAUAGGGGAGAAUAUGGAUCAGAACUUUCUUCAGUUUGAUCCUGCACCCAGGCAGCUUGAGCCUGAUACCACACGCAAAACACCUGAUUAUUUUUUGUAAUCUCUAUAUCAUUUUUCAGUCGCUCGUUUAUUUCUUUUCCGCAGUUGUGUUGCUGUAGAUUUGACUGGAGAGGAUCAUUAUCAUAAUGACCACCGCGGCCACCAUUCUUUCAUGUCGAGCUGUUUCUUCUGCUGCUUUCUUGACAGGCUCUAUAGGAUUUCUUGUGAAGGGCUUUACUGAACUUACGUAUUCUGUAUUGUUAGGAAGAAGCAGAAAUAACAAAGGUAUCUCUUGUUUUUAUGUUUCUACAUUUUUCUUGGGCUUGAAUGGAUCCGCGCAAUGGGUGCUGUUCCUGCGGUUCAUUCUCCUGCUAAGGAUUUUCUUGUAAACGUGUGUUUCUCACUAUUUUUAUGAAAUUGGAGUGGAGGAUGGAGAGAUUGAAGCUCA